AUGGAGCAUGAAUUAAAGUUGAAGUGUAUGUGUAGACUCUGUGGUGUGAAAAUCCCCAUCAAUUCUAAGUCUCAUCCCAAAGAAAACUUCAAGUCUGCAAUUACCUCCCUUUACAACAUUGACAUUGACAGUGACUCUGAGAACAUUCAUCCUUCUAAAAUUUGCACCGCGUGUAGACUUAGACUGACAAGACACAGCCAAGCUGAAGAUGACAUUGUAGUUAAUUUACCUGUUUUAUAUGAAUUUUUGCCUCAUUCAGACAACUGUGACAUUUGUUAUGUAAAACCUGGCAGACCAAAGAAAAUCUUAAAGAGAAAGUUAAGCAUCCCAUCCCAGUCCAAAAAGAACAGUUUCAUCCGACAAGAACAUUCCUAUCACAGCGCGGACAAAGACAAGUCAAGACCUUCGACAGAGACAACAGACAUCACGUCCUCUGACUGCCCUUCAUCUUCAUCCUCCUUUUGUUCCCAUGUAGAUAAUUCCCCUGUAGAUCAUCCAUCGGGUUCAACAUCAUGCUCCAUUUGUCCCCCUGUAGAUAGCUCACUUUUUCCCCCUGUAGAUAAAUUGUCAAUUGUUGAUUCAUGUACAGUCACUACUUCUGAGUCUGCAUCUGAAAUGUUUAAAAAUGUUGUUAUUAGGAGCAUUCCUACUGAGCGAUUCUGCAAUGCAGAAGUUGCACAAUCUUUUAUGUGUACAAUUUGUCGAGGUGUCCCAUGUGAUCCCUAUAUUUCAAAAUGUAAUCACAUUUUUUGUAAAGAAUGCAUUUUUGGUUGGUUUUCUUUGUCGAGCGCAUGUCCAGUAUGUAGAUCAUUGCUUGAUGAGAGUGAGGUGUCCCCCCUCCAUGGUCAUCUUCUUCAAAUUUAUGAUACCUUGUUAGUGCAUUGUAUUCAUGAAAACUGUUCAAAGUCACUUUUGAUUAGAAAUAUUGAUGAACAUGAAAAUACCUGUUCAAUGAGAGGUACAAAAUUUUUGUUUGAUGUAACAACAAAACCUAAGGUCUUUAAAUUACCCCUUCAUUCUGUCUCUGCAAAACACACACGCCAUAAACGUCUGAAACCUAUUAUAUCUCAAGUGAAUGAAUUUUGUAAAAUGCAAGAUGAGAACAAGUCUGACGUUUUGUUUUUUAUGUUGAAAGAUCAUUUAAAGGAUAUUAAUGAUCCCCGUUGGAAACAAAUUGAGAAUUUGUGGUUAGGAAACGAUAGUACUCUUUCUCCAGAACAGUGUUUAGCAAUUAGAGUUGACCUUUUGCAAAGUAAGGGACAAUAUAGAUCCCAGUAUGAUUUUCUUUCUCAAAACAAUGUUCAUAUUUUUCAAGCCCCCAGCAAAAUGGAAAGUUGUGAGAAUUUGUUUAUGCCAUCUGCGGCUGUUUUUCAAGUUAUUGAUAAUGAGGGCAAUGUAUUGUUCGAAAACUCUAAAAAUCCUCACACAGAGCCUUUAAAUGUAAAUGAAUGUUUUAUGCCAGAUUUUGUUGAGAUGGCAACUCCAAACUGUAUGGGAGUUAGGUUUUCUUAUUUUGAAGCACUUUCCAUUACCCUGCAAGAACUCGAGUCUGAUAUUGUAAAUGGUUUAGGAAAACAUGGGUUGAAUAUUGAAAAUGUCCUUUUUCAUACAAUUGUUAAAGACGGGUGUGAUGGAAUGGGUGAAGUCUCUGUAUACAAAGAAAAAGAUUACAAAAUGUUACCGGAUAAAGCUUUUAGAUUUUCUUUUUGUAUAGUCCAAAUUCAAGCUGAAUAUCAAGGCAAAAUGUAUGAUGUUUUUACUGAGCCAUUGCCAAACAGUGUUCGAACAAACAGACCACUUUUAGAAUCAAUUUCUGAUGAAAACAAUCAUGUAUCUAAUGUUGUCUGCAUUUUACCUAUUGAAAAUGAAAGAGAAAUUUUGAUGCAAAAUCGCAUGCAUGUGAAAACAAAACAGGGUUGGAUGUUUCAUAAAUUUUCAUUUUUUAAUUCUAUGGUUGACGAAAAAAGAGACAGGGGAGACUCUGGUCUUCAGGGUAGUGGGUCAAAAUAUUUGUGUACUUUAUGUGAUGCAGAUAAACAAUCUGCAAAAGAAUUUCUGGGAUCUUUUUCAAUUAACAGGUCAGUGUCUGAAUGUUCAAAUAUAGCUGAAAUUUUACGUGUCAAUCCAAAUUCUUUGUCAGAAAAUGAAUUGAAAAAAAUUUCAAAAGGUGUAAAAUCUGCUCCCCUUACAAAAAUUGAACCAAUUCAGAAAGGUAUAGAUGCCACACAUGCAGAUAUUAAUUUAGGACAGUUUUUUAAGAAAGUUAUUGUUCGUGAAAUUGCUGGUGUUACAAAAUGGGAACUUACACAAGAUGUAAAACCUUUAGUUCAAAAUGCAGAGUCUUUGUUUGAUCAACAUAUGAAAUGUAAUUGUGGAAUUAAUCCCCAGCUUAUGAUGCCUGGUAAUUAUGCCAGAACCCUUUUUGAAACUCCUCAUUCUGUUUUGUUGGAACUUGUUUCAGAUUCUGUCAGAAAAGAAAAUCUGUCUUCUGUUUUGAAUGUAUUUUUACAACUUAGGAAAGUUUAUAGAUGUAAAGAUCCUCAGAAAGAAUGUCCAUUAGAUGUAAAAAAUUAUAAAAAAAAUGCUGUUAAAAUGGGGAGUCUUUUACUGGAACAUUUUGAUUAUGUAGAGUGGCCCAAUUAUUUACAUAAAAUUAUUGAACAUGUUCAGCAACUUAUAGAGGACCCAAAUGGGCCUGGGUCAAUUGGGGCUUUUAGUAGUGAGGGCAAUGAGGCAGGCAACAAACUUUUUAGACAUUUUAGAAAAAAUCUCUCCCGACGUGGAAAUACCUAUGGCAGUUUGUGUGAUGUUUUAAAACUUCAUUGGCUUUAUAGUAGCAAGGCUCUUUUUAAGCUUGCCGAGGUUGAGCACAAGAAAACUCGCUGUUCUUUAUGUUUUACUUGCGGUCAUAAUAAGAGAACUUGUCCACUUCUUAAUGCUAGUUUGUAA